AGGAAGGUACUCAAAAGCACUUGUCUCAGUGUAAUGUGAAAUUCAAAAACAAGAAUAUAGUUAAAUGCAUUCAUUGCCAUUAGUUAACUUUAAAUGCUCAAGGCAUGUAUAGUUGAUAUUACUUUUUUAACCUUCCAUACUUUCGUUUGGGCCACACUUCAAGAUCAUUUAAUACUUUGGGAUGCUAGUAAUUGGAGGUUUCAAAGGAAUCAAAAUGAAAUGUAUGUCAACGAGGGCGAUAAUCUUAUUUUUAUAUGUCCAACAAACCGAACAUUUUCCCAAAACCUUUUCUGGACAUCUGAUUCUCGUGUACAGCUGGAAUGCGAAGAGACGACGCCAAUAAAAGUUGUCAAACUUUUAGACUGCUUUGGUGACGAUUCGGCUUCAGAGUUUGUGCUCAAAGUCAGUAGAUUCCCAGAGAUCGUAUCACUUCCAAGCUUUCAGCAUAACAUUCCUGUUCAUUUCGUUGCUCAGUCUGUUGUAUGUCAGAAAAACAAUUUUCGUUUAAGUGUGAAACUGGCUGCUGAAAAUAUGGCUACAAACCCAAAUGUUACUUCUCCAGUUUCAAUAGCACCUGCCGAGAAAUCUCAGUCGACAAGUCAUAGUAAAAAGUUUAGUACUACCCUGGACAAAAAUAAGCUCACAAGGUAUCCGAUGAAUAUCUCUUCAAAUACAGAUAUCGACCACGAAGUAGUCAGUGUCAAAAAUCCACGUUGGUUGGAAUACAGAUUCUUACUUUUGUCGGGAAUAUUGGCGUUUUCAACACUAAUUGGAAUGCAGAUUGUUCUUUGCAGCUUUUGGUUACCUAACUCAGUAACAAACAGAAUCCUCAACUGUUUGCGUAAAUGUAAGCAAAUCCCCAAAACGACCACAUACACGAAUCAAAUAAUAACUGAUAAAAAUAAGGAAGAUGCGAGGUCUGCCAACAGCAAUUACGAAAUGUAUGCAUUAAAAGGUGUUGAUAAUUCAAGAACAAAGAGGGAAUGCUUAUUAUGGAAUCCAUCGAAUAAAAGUUUAGAAUUCUCUAACAUAAACAAGACGUUUGUACAGGCCUGUUCGACUUCGAAUUGUUUUAGCAUUCCCUACUAUCAAACAUAUAACUGUGUAAUAGCAUAUAAGUACCAACAGUCUAACUUAAACGCACAGAAUUUUCACUAUGAUAAAUCAUUACUAGCAAAUACCUCAAGUAAUAGGACGUCCAGUGGAAAGUCAUUUUCUACAAAUAAUUCAAUAGUUUUGUUCAACUGCCCUAAUGAUGUGACCAUCUUGUGAUUCCACAACACUUCACUGAAUGUUUUACGAGCUGUACUAAAUUCAAAUCUGAUACAACAAGAAAAUUGUGCAUAUGUAAAGGAUUUUCGAGAGCAUAAGUAACAGUGUCAAUACACUAUUGGUAUAUUGUGUUAAAUUUAUUCAGCAGCAGCAGAUUUUGGUUAUUCCAAAACAAAUAAACGUUUGUAAUGUACAGCAUAGUGUCAAAAUGGGAUUUUAUCAUUUAUGCAGUAAAAGAAGAAAAUCGAAAUUGGUACACAGCAGGAAAGUGAUGUGUAUGAAUAAAUGUUCCCUUUUUAUAUUAUUAUAAUUCAUUUCUAGUCUGU